UGAAUCAGAUGAAGGAGAUCAACAACGAAGAUACCGAAUCUUAUAAAAUGUCACGCGAUUUUGGUUUAGUUUAUUCAAUACUUUUUGUUAGAUGACAAUGAAACCCGCCUCUGUAUUCCAAAUAAUAUUUUAUACUUCCACCAUUUGUAUGCAAAGCGGGAAUGGAAUUCGUGGAUCAGGUAAACUAGACCUCGCUGCUUUAAAACAAGAAACACCCCUAAGCAAAAACAUCGAAAUUCCCAUUCACCAGGUCACAUGUACAUCAGGUAACUGUAACGCAACCCAUUCCCAAAAUAACUCGGUGCAAACUGAAGUCUUGGUACACGUGAGAGUUGAAACUAAUUUGGAUCAGAACAAAAACAAUAACAAUAUUCCGGAUGUUCCUGUGGUAAUCGGCUUACAAGCUGCUGAAUUGGAUACGACUAUAGACGAAGACCAAUAUAAAAAAUACAACCUACCAAGAGAAGAAUAUGUUCCUUUUAAACCAUCCCAUGUCGCACCUACACGUUAUGACAGCCCCAUAACAAAGGACUAUCACGAUUACGAUUCGGUGGUGAAUAGAAUGAGAGAAACAAACAACGAAGUGAUCAUCCCACAAGUAAAUACGUAUCAUUUUACCGACAAAAGCGGCACAAGAAAUCGAUUUGGUGAAAACGGUGUGGAAUUAAGCAUACCCCACUUUGAACCGUUAUACAAUCAUCAUUAUUUCGGAGAAGAUGGGCCACCCCAUUCUCUAUGGUACCCCAGAAACUCCAACGGAUAUAAUCCAGUGGCUUUCAGAAACGUUCUGGGUAUGAAUAACUGGAGGCCACUGGGUUCUACUGGAAACAGAUUCGCUACAGCAACCAAUAAUAACCAGUACGGCAGAAAACACUUCUUAGAUACUAUUUACCGACGUCCAAGCAUUGGAUGCUGGUGUGGGGAUCACCAUUCGUCAAUUCCAAAUAGAAAGAGCGGACCAAAUGAUAGAAGCAACGCAAAUGGAAGCAUCGACGAUAAAUUAGCUCCUUUAAAUUGAAAAUUCUGGCUGUAACUUUAUAUUUGUAGAAAAUAAAACACCGAGCGAUCAGUUUUUUGCCUCCUCGAGUCUCCU